AUGGAGCGCCCGCCGCCCGACGGGCCUCUGAACGCGUCGGGGGCUCUGGCUGGAGAGGCGGCGGCGGCGGCGGCGGCGGGCGGGGCGCGCGGCUUCUCCGCCGCCUGGACCGCGGUGCUGGCCGCGCUCAUGGCGCUGCUCAUCGUGGCCACGGUGCUGGGCAACGCGCUGGUCAUGCUCGCCUUCGUGGCCGACUCGAGCCUCCGCACCCAGAACAACUUCUUUCUGCUCAACCUCGCCAUCUCCGACUUUCUCGUGGGAGCCUUCUGCAUCCCGCUGUAUGUGCCCUAUGUGCUGACUGGCCGCUGGCCCUUUGGCAGGGGCCUCUGCAAGCUGUGGCUGGUGGUGGACUACCUACUCUGCGCGUCCUCCGUCUUCAACAUCGUGCUCAUCAGCUAUGACCGGUUCCUGUCGGUCACCCGCGCUGUCUCUUACCGGGCCCAGCAGGGCAACACGCGGCAGGCGGUGUGGAAGAUGGCGCUGGUGUGGGUGCUGGCCUUCCUGCUGUACGGGCCGGCCAUCCUGAGCUGGGAGCACCUGUCGGGCAGUAGCUCCAUCCCCGAGGGCCACUGCUAUGCAGAGUUCUUCUACAACUGGUACUUCCUCAUCACGGCCUCCACGCUCGAGUUCUUCACGCCCUUCCUCAGCGUCACCUUCUUCAACCUCAGCAUCUACCUGAACAUCCAGAAGCGCACCCGUGACCGGCUGGACGGGGUCCGAGAGGCCACUGGCCUGGAGCCCCCACCGGAGGCCCAGCCCUCCCCACCAGCCGCACCUGGCUGCUGGGGCUGCUGGCAGAAGGGGCACAGGGAGGCCAUGCCACUGCACAGGUAUGGCCCCAGGAUGGGCGAGGCGGCCCCUGGCACUGAGGCAGGGGAGGCAGCCCUGGGGGGCAGUGGUGGGGGCACCGCAGACUCGCCCACCUCCAGCUCAGGCAGCUCCUCGCGGGGCACAGAGCGGCCUCGCUCGCUCAAGAGGGGCUCCAAGCCAUCGGCGUCCUCCGCGUCGCUGGAGAAGCGCAUGAAGAUGGUGUCCCAGGGCUUCACCCAGCGCUUCCGGCUGUCCCGGGACAAGAAGGUGGCCAAGUCGCUGGCCAUCAUCGUGAGCAUCUUUGGACUCUGCUGGGCCCCGUACACCCUCCUCAUGAUCAUCCGGGCUGCCUGCCACGGCCACUGCGUCCCCGACUACUGGUAUGAGACGUCCUUCUGGCUACUGUGGGCCAACUCGGCAGUCAACCCAGUCCUCUACCCGCUGUGCCAUUACAGCUUUCGCCGGGCCUUCACCAAGCUGCUGUGCCCCCACAAGCUCAAGGUCCAGCCUCACAGCUCUCUGGAGCACUGCUGGAAGUGA